AUGUUAGAGAGCUCGCCCCAGCUGGAUCCCUCUAAAGGUGAGGAGAAGCACGCCUCAACCAACUCGGCAGAAGAAAUCAACUGUGGUCAGCCCCUCGGGCAGUCAGCAGAUAUUUCUCCGAGGGAUAGAAACAGAGGGGAGCAAAUGGCGCCAGAAAGUUGCGUGGAGUGGUCAUGUGGUACAUACAGUAUUGACUUGACAGCGGGGACGACACCUCACGCAUCCGCCCCGUACCACUUGAAGGGUCCUUCACGAAGAAAGGAAUGCACUAGCAAAGGAGGAAAUUACAUUGUUGCCGCUGCCAACGUAAUUCAACGCUUUGAUGGCAACAAGUGCGGCGAGGGCGAUGUUUCUAAGCAGUCCUUGGACGAACGGUGGGCUGAAUUGGUGGCUGUUCUUAGAGCCCAAAAGCUCGGAACGCACACAGUUAAAGGCGCUGCCCUCCCAUCCGAUGCCGCUGUUCAAAAAAUUCAACUGAAGAGAGCAGAAGAGGCCCAACGAAUGAUACGGCUCUUGCAAAUUCAAGACAGAAGCCGCAGCAGCUGUACAUAUGCAGGUGCCCCUGUUGCCCCGUCCCGAGCAGCCUUCCAGAACACUUCAGACACUACAUCUUGCUCGGAAGACAAUGGGCCAAUGCUACGACAGCUGUGGAGAAGUGAACUCGCCACCAGGUUUCACCAAGCAGCAGCCACAGUCGUUCUCCGCGCAAGGAUAGCGAGACGCUUGGAGGCAAUACGUUCAUGGAUUCGCUCUCACGCUUUGAGGGAAGAAACGAAUGAAGGCAGAGUUCAGGACAAACCACAGCAGAAAAGCCAGUCGAAUUGCGCGAAUAACUCCCGGCGUGAGCAAGAGCGGAAUUUUGAAAAGCGAUGCCAGCAGGGCACUUCAAGCCACCCUGACACUUCACAGCAAGGUGGCAGCUUGGUAAAUAACCUUUCCAGGUAUCAAGGCAAUACUGCAUUGUCAGCUCCAAGCGGAGAAGAGGGCUCAGCAAUGGCGGGCUUUGCAGAAACCCGUACAGUUCUACAGGGACAAGACUCAUACAGUUCCAGUGACGAAAACAGAUGGAAAGUCCAGAUUGUCCCUCCCAGAUUGUCGCUUUCCGCGGACAGCAACGGGGAAUGGGAAUGGCAGAACAUUCCAGGCCCAGACUUCUGGGGAAAGGAGAACCUUAAUGUCGCAGAACUGUUUAUCUGCAUGCAGCACAGCGCACCGUUAUUACCAUUAUCCAAGCUUGAUGCUGAUGUUUUUCGCCUCAAGGAAGAGGAAGUAAUAACAUGCACGGGCGGGUUAGAAGUCACUGACACAGAUCUGCUUCAGUCUCUCCUAGAAGCAGCUCCACCACUAAUCGACGAUAAACCCUGGGUGCGGUGCACGCCGUCGUCUAUCCAUGUGUUAGAUGAUGCGGAAACCUCGGUGAUCAUGAGGUCACGAUCGCAGGGAAUUUAUGAAGCUUUGGAUAAUGUCGCCAUUUUGCCACCCGAAGAUCCAAAUAGCUUGGCCACCCUAGCUUGGCGUUUCGUUGCAUCCGUCGCUCCCUAUUCAAGCGCCUGUAUGCAACUGCCUCCUAUUGUGGAGACUGAUCUCGCUUACACUUUCUUGCAGGCAGCUGCGAAUGCGGACGCAAACUAUACUGCCAAGAAUAUAUUGCCACCGUUUGCUGAAAUUCCCCCUCUCCGUGGCAGCUUCUCUGAGCUUUCCACUGUAGCUGCAGGCGCGCUUUGGCCACCUGGUGCUCACCAGAGGUCACUUACGGUUUUUCCCAGCAAGUUUGAAGAGCAGGUAAGCGUCAAAAGGCAGGAAGCAGCCGGAAUAGAUGCUCCGGAGCCUGCAGUAGGAAAGGACGCUCAAGCGAUCGCUAUUGAGGAAUGCGUCAAUAGAGCAGAGGCUCUAAGAAAGGACAGCAAUGUUCUUACGAAUAUCUGGGGACUCCCUAGGUGCGAACAAGUGGAGAUCCUGAGUGGAAUUAACAAAACACUGCCUCACGAGUUCCAGAUCCCCUAUUUGUGA